CUCCAACGACUCCGCAUGGAGCCAACAAAUGUACAGAAAGCUAUUGCUGUAGCACAGAAGGCCUCAGAAGAGGACCAGGCGGGGAACUAUGAGGAGGCCAUCUGCUCCUAUCAACACGCUGUCAAGUACUUUCUGCACAUUUUAAAACGUGAACCCCAGGGUAAAGAUGGCAACCAGAAGAUCAGAGAUAAAUGUAAACAGUACCUGGACAGAGUGGAAGAACUACAGGAGUACCUCGUGAAUAAAGAGAAAGCCAUUGAUCUUGCUAGCAAGGCGGCUCAGGAGGAUAAAGCUCAGAACUACGAUGAGGCUCUGCGUCUAUACCAGGCUGCUGUUCAGUACUUCCUUCAUGUGGUGAAAUAUGAAGCCCAAGGUGAUAAAGCUAAACAGAGUAUCCGGGCAAAAUGUGCUGAAUACUUGGACAGAGCAGAGAAGUUGAAGGAGUAUCUAAAGAAGAAAGAGAAAGCUCCUCCUGCUAAGCCUGUCAAAGAGUCACAGUCUGAUGACAAAGGGAAUGAAAGUGAUGAAGGGGAUGAUCCAGAGAAAAAGAAGUUCCAAAAUCAACUCUCAGCUGCAAUUGUUAUGGAGAAACCGAACAUCAAAUGGAAUGAUGUUGCUGGUUUAGAAGGAGCCAAGGAGGCACUGAAAGAAGCUGUUAUUCUUCCCAUCAAAUUCCCCCACCUUUUCACAGGAAAGAGAACUCCAUGGAGGGGAAUCUUGCUCUUUGGACCUCCAGGUACAGGAAAGUCCUAUCUGGCUAAAGCUGUUGCCACAGAGGCAAACAACUCAACGUUCUUCUCCAUCUCCUCGUCUGACCUUGUCUCCAAAUGGCUGGGAGAGAGUGAAAAGUUGGUGAAGAAUCUUUUCAGCCUUGCAAGGGAGCACAAGCCUUCCAUCAUUUUCAUCGAUGAAAUAGACUCCCUCUGUGGCUCAAGAAGUGAGAAUGAGAGUGAGGCUGCUCGCCGUAUUAAGACAGAAUUCCUGGUUCAGAUGCAGGGUGUGGGGAAUGACAAUGAGGGAGUUCUGGUACUUGGGGCAACAAACAUCCCAUGGACGCUAGACUCAGCCAUCAGAAGAAGAUUUGAGAAAAGGAUCUACAUCCCACUGCCUGAAGAGCACGCCCGUUCCUUCAUGUUCAAGCUCCAUCUGGGAUCGACACCUAACAGUCUCACUGAAUCUGACUUUGUCACUCUGGGCAAGAAGACAGAGGGAUUCUCGGGAGCAGAUAUAAGUGUCAUUGUCAGAGACGCUCUAAUGCAGCCGGUUCGAAAGGUCCAGUCAGCAACUCACUUCAAACGGGUACGAGGUCCAUCCAGAACUGACCCCAACACUGUUGUAGAAGACCUCUUGACUCCUUGCUCACCUGGCGAUCCCAAUGCGAUUGAAAUGACAUGGAUGGAGGUCCCUGGGGAGAAGCUAAUGGAACCUAUAGUAUGCAUGUCUGACAUGCUGAGGUCUCUGGCCAACACAAAGCCAACAGUCAAUGAACAAGAUCUGGACAAACUGAAAAAGUUCACAGAAGACUUUGGACAGGAAGGCUAGGUGGGAUGAAUGAGCAAAGUCAAACCAAAGCAAAGGAAUUGUGAUUGUCUCUCUUUACUGUCCUUGUCCCUUUUUUGUCUCUGUCUCAUUCUAACCAUUCACCAGACUUAGUGGUUUAUAAUAAGUGGGCAAGAUUACUUCUCUGUUCUGCCAGUCUGUUAACCACACAAAGGGUGGAAAACCUAGUUUUAGUUGAUAUUCACUACUGUCCAAAGAAGACUUUCCAUCUACAGCUGACCUGAUAAAAGAAUCAAUAACACAUAGGGAAUAUAGAGGGUUAUUUGGCUUAUGCACUUAACAGAACACCUAAACAACAGUUACUGCAACUGUGGUUACUGAAAUCAAGAUUAUUUAUUUCAAGUUAGGACUAAAUAUUGCAUCCUUAUUUUCUAGUCAGAACACAUCUCAUUAGACUACUAAAUACCCCUUAUAUGUUCUCUAUUUUGUAUUAAGAAAAAAAAAAAACAUUUUAUAGCGUAUACUGUACUUUGUGGAAUAUAUAAAUCUCGGGCUGGGGAUGUGAAGCAGGCAGCAUGAGUUCACAGUAUUUGUUUGAAAUACUGUAUGCCAUUCUCAUCUCAAGGUGGUGGACAUUAUAGAGUUCAAGACAGAGAUAUUUGGUAUGAGAGCUGCAUUAGGUCCUGUGGCAAUUUUGGAUUGUUUAUCAAAUUUCCAAACAAAUGACAAUUGUAUUUGUUAAGUCAGUUGUCAUUAGAAUUCAACACAGCUAUUAGGGUGGAUCACCAGUGGUGCCGUAUCAGCAUUCAUUAUUUUACCGUUUUGUUUUUAAAGGACCCGAUACCUUUGAAAUGCUUUAUCACUCAUCUCAUGGAUUUUUUUUUUUCACAACCGACGACGCAUUUUUUUGUCACUGUCCACAGGCUUUGCUAAUUAUCCUUAAUACAAAGUGCAAAAAACUAAGCCUUAUAUUAAGAUAAAGUCCCAUUGCGAAUUUCAAUAAAACAAAACUGAGGUGUUGAAGUUGGACAAUGGUGGCCCAGGUUGAGAGAUAAUCUUCCUGUACAAUUUACAACAUAGGAAUUAAUCUCCAAUCAUGGAGUAUAUGUAGCCAUAAGUGGCAGUGUGCACCACGUGCCUUCCAGAAAAGCAGCAGGUUUUUUUGUUCGUUUUUUUUUUGUUUUGUUUUUUUUAAUAGGUUUAUUUCUAAAUUGGUCAUACUGCUCAUAUAUUGAGUGCUUUGUCACUACAAGAAAAAUGUAUACUUGCACAUUUCAUGUAAGAUCUUUUAGAGAUUGUAUACAGCUGUUCUUUUGCUCAUAAGGUGUGCAAACUUUCUCUUUUGAGUUUUGACGGGAAACAUCUCUUUUAUUUUACUGUAAAUGUCUAUACAUAUAGCCAACUCUUCAGCCAUUUCUUUGUGAAGAGGUCACAUAUGCAUAAGAUUUUCUGUUGUUCGUUUCCAUGAUGUAAAUAAAGGUUAUAGCUAU